AUGCAGCUGCCAGGAGAUGCCUGUGUGCAGCAGCUGGAUGUCCUGGAGCUGAGACGGCUGGCACUGAGAGCGGGAGGAGGGCAGCUAGAAGCACAGGAGCUGUCGUGGGAAGAACUUAAGUUGCCUGUGUAUAAGGCUCAUUCACCGCAGAUUGGGAUGCGCCGAUACUUCAUUGAUCUCCUGACUGUCCUCAGCAACCGUUUCAGCCUCUGCCCUACAGCCCGGCAUCUCGCAAUCUAUUUAUUGGACCUCUUUAUGGAUCGCUAUGAUAUCCCCAUCAAGCAACUGCACAGCGUUUCGUUUGCCUGUCUUCUUCUAGCAAGUAAAUUUGAAGAAAAAGAAGAUAAAGUUCCAAAGUUGGAGCACUUAAAUAAUCUGGCAUACAUGUGCAAUGUGAAUGUGGUAUUGAACAAGAAAGAUUUGCUUAGAAUGGAAAUGCUGCUUUUGGAAAACUUCAACUGGAACCUCUGUCUACCAACACCAGCACACUACAUUGACUACUACCUCUAUGCAUCCAUUGGUGAGAAUGACCUUCACAACGGCUGGCCAGUCACCUCAUGGACCAAAAUCAAAGUUUUUCUGGAGAAAUACGUGUAUUAUUUCCUUUAUUUGUCAGUGCAAGAUCAUGCUUUCCUCCAUUUUCGUCCAUCUCUGAUUGCUGCAGCUUGUGUGUGUGCCUCACGUAUCUGUAUGCAGAUUUCUCCUGCCUGGACAACACAGCUUGAAUUGCUGACAUGUUAUUCCUGGGAACAUCUUGCCCAGUGCAUUGAAAUGAUGCUCAUAUAUUAUGAGAAUGACAUCAAAGAGGCCAGUAACAUAAAAAAGCAAGUAACGAUUCAACAUCAAGAACAGGGAGCAGUGGGAAAUCUGAGCCAUCAAGCCACCACUCAGGUUCUCUUCCAGCAAUCUAGUUAUCACCCUUUAGCCCAGCAUUCAGCUACGCUUUCCCAGUUCCAGUCGCCAGUGCAAGAUUUGUGCUCUGCUUAUCGAGACUCCUUACAGGCCCAGAGGCACAGCAGCCUGCUUGCUGGGAGUGCUGACAGCUCGUUGCACUCCUACACAGCUCUUCAGGACAGCCUUCGGCCACCUGCCCAGGCUCUACCCAUCCAAAUGCCCAUUGCUGUGCAGGUGGCCUUAGGAACAGAGCCCAGGCACUGCAUUUCCACGGCUUAUGACAGUAGUUACUUCAGUGGCCAUCACUCAUAUGCAGCUGGGUGUUUUGACGGAUAA